CCAUCACCGGUCGGAUUUCUCUCUCUAGAGAAGAAAAGGAAAAGGCGAGUUUUUAGAAUUUUCUUUCUCUCUCUCUCUCGUCCGCCGCCGUGCCGGAAUUGUUCUUAAGAUGCCUAGACCAGGGCCAAGACCGUACGAGUGCGUUCGAAGAGCUUGGCACAGCGACAGACAUCAACCAAUCAGAGGCAAACUGAUCCAAGAAAUAUUCAGAGUCGUGAACGAGAUUCACAGUUUACCCACUAAGAAAAACAAGGAAUGGCAAGAGAAACUUCCCGUUGUUGUCUUGAAAGCUGAAGAAAUCAUGUAUUCCAAAGCCGAUUCCGAGGCUCAAUAUACGGAUCCUAAGACUCUUUGGGACAGGACAAACGACGCCAUUAACACAAUCAUUCGUCGAGAUGAUAGUAUCGAAACUGGAGACUUCCUUCAUCCCUGCAUUGAAGCUGCUCUUAAUCUGGGAUGUACUGCAAGAAAAACACCAAGGAGCCAACGUAACAUUCCAAGAUGUUACCUUAGUAGUCCCAAAUCUCCAGAGCCUUCCUCUGUUCUCCAAAGAAACCCAAUAAACACUGACCAGUUUCCAAACAUCCAGCAUCAAAGGAGGAAGCAAUUUCAAGAUCCAAAGCUCAAUCUUGGCUGUCAUACUGAAAAGGGUGUUGCCCAAAAUCAUUUUCGAGAUUUGGUUGAUAAUCCCAUUAAUGAUGCCCUUCGAAGUGGCUGUGAUUUAUCUCUUAGGCUAGGUACCUUAUCUGUUCCACCACCACCGGUGGAGGAGGUCAACAAUGAUGUUGAAAUGAAUGCUGAAGAAGCGAUUCGAAGAAAGCGAAAGGCUGAUGUUGUGAUUACGACGAAUCCUCUUCUACCACCACUUCCGGAGGAUAGGAAACUUUGUCGGCAAAUCAAGUUCAACAACAGCUUCAUGGAUGAUAGAAUGAGCGAGUGUAGGUUUCCACGAUGAAAACCCUAGUUGUUUCCUAAUCUUGUUUUAGUUGCUGAUUUAGUAUUUUUUGCUGUGUUGUUGUUGUUGUUGUUGCUGUUCUUUGUAGACAAUUUGCAGAAAUGUUGUAUGAAAGUAUAUAUAAUAUAUAUGCCUACCAACUUUGUUGAACAUGAUUCAUUGAUCUAGCUACAUGUUUGUUUGGUUGAUAUGAAGAAGAUUGAAAACGAGUUAAU